AUGGCUACUCCGACGCACAACUCUAGUCUUGACCAUGUCAUCACCGUAAAGGUGAUGUACGAGGGCAUCACUCGUCGUACCAAGAUGCCCCUUCGAGACAUGGUCCCAAGAACUCUCGAGUCUAAUAUUCGCACUUUCUUGCACAUUCCCGCAGACGCCGAGGUCGUGUUUGAGCGAUACUCCGAUUCCGCUGCCUCCUUCGUCCUUCUGCAGGCCGGCAACAUUCCUAUUUACAAGCAGCUCUACCGCGCCGCUAAGGCAAAGUCCAAGCUCAAGAUCCGAGUCACCGUCAAGGAACAGCCCAAGGCUACAGUACCCAAGCCUGUCACUGUUGAGGACGAACCCGAGCUUUCUGCAUCUGCGUCUGCCCCUAUGAGCAUGGAUGAGGCUCCCCAAGAAGCUCGCGAAACCCCAGAGGAGGCCAGCCCAGCUCCCACGCCCGCCCCCGAGGUCCCUGCGCCCACUCCGGCAUCAGAUGUCACACCGCCCGAGACCACUCUUCCGGUCCGUAUCAACCCUCUGUCCCGGACCUACAAUGCGGCUCUUCUUAGCGAUGCUGCAAAGUACAUCGGAGCUCGACAAGACGCCCGCCAGGAUUUUGAGAGCCGACUUGCUAACCUGAUGGAACGACAGUCGCUGCCAAACAACGGAUCCCAACCCUUUUACACGGCUCAUGGUCAGCAGUACCCUUUUGUCCCUAAGCCCUUUGCGCUUCCUACCGACAACUUGCCCUCCUUCAACAAGUUGGCCAGUUUCGCAGUUUGCUGCAACAGCUGCGAGAUGACCAUCCCCAAUGUCCAUUACCACUGUUCCACUUGCGACGACGGAGACUUUGAUCUCUGCCAGUCUUGCGUUGACCAAGGUAUCACUUGUCACGGCCGGGACCACUGGUUGAUUAAGCGUUCAACCAUCCACGGACAGCUCGUCCAGAGCACCACCGAAACCAUCGCACCCAAGCCCAAGUCCAAGUCUGAGGUGAAGGUUGAGACAACCAUUGAGACCAAGGUCGAGCCCAAGAUCGUAUCUAGUGUUCCUCGUCCAUUCCCCAGGCCUCCUCCUUUUGAGCCCCUCGCUGCUCCCUGGGCGUCGCUGGGUGUCAUGCGAACUUGCAACUGUUGUGUGCAGGAACACCCAGAGGCCGAGUUUUUGCACUGCACCGUGUGCGAGGACUUUGACCUUUGCCAGCAAUGCUUCGCCAAGGAUGCUCAUGGGCAUCACCCCAAGCACGGUUUCACCCCCGCUGUCAAGGGCACCAAGAUGUCCACCGAUAUCACAGCCAAGAUGAGCCCAGGCCGUAACCACUCGCAUCACGCCAUUUGUGAUGGCUGUGACAACUACAUUACAGGUAUUCGUCAUAAGUGCCUCGACUGCCCUGACUGGGAUUAUUGUUCCACUUGCAUGCAAUCAGUCAGGAUCAUUCACCCUGGUCACCGAUUCGCGCCAAUCUACGAACCACUUAAAGAUGUCCGCUUCCGCGCACCAGCAGCCGUUCACAUUGGCAUCUGCUGUGAUGGACCUCUUUGCUCUGGAAGCGAUGUCUAUCCUAACUACAUCCGUGGCACUCGAUACAAGUGCGCUAUUUGCAGCGAUCUGGACUUCUGUGCCAACUGCGAAGCCAGCCCUACAAACAACCACAACAAGACACAUCCUUUGAUCCAGUUCAAGACACCUGUCCGCCAUAUCAGUGUUACCACCAGUGGCCAGGAGCAGGAUGGCCAGCGAAUGCCAGAUAUGGGAGACCGACGGACCACCCCCAAGGCUACUGAGACCGCAUCUGCGGCCCCUAGCAACUCUAUUAACCCCGUUCGCACGAUUGUUGACGUGAAGCCGUCCGAACCCGCUCCUUCCAAGGUCACUAUUGAGAUGCCAGAGCCAGAGAUCAAGAAGGAAACCCCCGCUGCUGAGCCUAUUCCCACUCCCAAGACGGAAUUCAAGGGUGCUUUCAUACGUGAGACCAUUCCUGACGGCACCAUCAUGGCGCCCAACACCAUUUUUGAGCAAACUUGGACUCUUCGCAACGAAGGCAAGGAGAACUGGCCCGCCGGGUGCUCUGUCAGAUUUGUCAGCGGUGACUACAUGGGUCACGUAGACUCCAACCACCCUGCCCGCAUCUCCGAGCUUAUUUCGGCCUCUGAAUCCAACGUGUGCUACGCUCCCCUUGGACCCGGUCAGGAAUUCCCCUUCACUGUUCUCCUCCGAACACCCGCCCGCCCUGGCAAGGUCAUCUCCUACUGGCGCCUGACUGCUCCCGAUGGUGAGAAGUUUGGCCACCGACUGUGGUGCGAUGUCAACGUCCGACUGGUUAAGGAGGAACCUAAGCCCGAGCCUGAGAUUAAGCAGGAGCCCACGCCUGUCGAGGAGCCUAAGCUUGAGGAAGAGAGCUUAGCCUCCAGCCAGAUGAUCUUCCCCAAGCUGGAGAAGGAGUCACCUGUGGCCAGUAUUCACGAGGCGGUUGAGCCUAUCCCCGCCGUUGAGGAGCCCAAAGAGUCAGACAAUAUGGAUGACGAAUGGGACUACUCUGAAGGUGGUUUCAUGACAGAUGAAGAGUACGAUAUUCUAGAUGCUUCGGAUGAAGAGUAUCUGGAGGAGCAAAAGAAGAAGCUCGCUACCAAGUAA